ACUAGGCGACUUCCCUGGCUGUCGGAAGCCGCGGACUUCUCCAGGCUUGUUGAUAUCCCUCGGCGUGAUGCCCUCGCCGUUCUCGGUCAGAGCCUUCCCGGUCAGCAUCCCCGCGGUGAUCAUGGAGACUGACUGGACAGAGCCAUGGCUCCUAGGGCUUGUCACCUUCCACCUGCUGUGCCUACUUCUCACAUGCUUCUCAUCACAGAGGUAUAAACUACAGAUUGGACACUUCCUGUGCUUAGUAGGGUUAGUCUAUUGUGCUGAGUAUAUCAAUGAAGUGGCUGCAAUGAAUUGGAGAUUGUUUGCAAAAUAUCAGUAUUUUGAUUCCCGGGGGAUGUUCAUAUCUAUUGUGUUCUCAGCACCACUGCUGUUCAAUGCUAUGGUCAUUGUGAUUAUGUGGAUACAGAAGACUUUGAAUGUGAUGUCUGACCUAAAGAGCUUGCAAGCAAAGAGAAAGGAGAGGAAAAGGAGAAGAAAAGAAGAAUAAUGCCUCGCUGUUGCUAUGGACCUUGUUUUUCCUACAACUUGGUUGUUUCCAGCUGUAAGCUGCACAUGGCCCAGAUGUCCUCUGUCACCUGACUCAUGGUUUGGAAAAUGGUUCUUAUAUUUUACACCCACAAAGAUGGAGGCUUCACUAAAGCUGUUUCUUAAAAGAGCUAACGAUGUCACCUGGAUGUAUGUUGAAUGUGGACCCACAUUUGCAUGGUGGGAGCUUUCUGGUUCAGCCACAGGAAGAAACUUGCACAGCUUUUCACAGUUUUCUGGUAGACCUCAUUAUAUAACUAGAGUUCACUCAAUUUUGAGUGUGGAAACAAUAAUAAACAGCGCCAUCCUGCUGUGGCACCACUACCUA